UCGAAUCAGUUGAGUGACUGAUUUUCUGGAGUAAAGAUCGAGAAAAAAAAGUUAAAAAUGUUACAAAAAAUAUUAUUUUUCACAUUUUUGUGUGUUGUGCUACUUACCAUUGUGACAGCGAUCGAAACAAAAAAUGAAGAAACAGAAUUUAAGGAAGGACCUCCGCUUGGAAAAAAUGAAGAAAUUAAAGAAAUAAUGGAACGAGGACGAAAAAAGAAGCUGUUUUACGGUUUAGGGUUAGGAGGAUUUCAUGCCUUAGCUGCUGUAAUUGCGAUUAAAUUCAAAAUUAUUGUCGUUGGAAUGUUCAUUCUUGGCGCCAUUUUUUACGGAUUUCGUAUUUGGGCGGGAAAAGGAAUUGGAUGCCCCGAGCCAAGUAUCGUCAAAGAACCUUUUUAUCCUCAUGGAAUUACCGCUUAUGCUCAUACCUCCCCUGAAAUUUACUCUUAUCCGUAUUCCGGGCAUUAUUCGAGUUAUCCAACUGCUGGCGCAGAAGUCAUUUCGACAGCUGAUGUCCCGGCGGAAGUUAUCGCUUCAGGAUCGCAUUACAAGCGGAAGGGAAAAAGAAGUGUCGAUGAUGAAGCAACAGGACGUCAAGGGACUUCAACUAAUGGAAUUGACGUUGCGGAAAUUAUUUUUACCUUUUUGAAUGUGCGGGAAAUGGAGUGCAAACGACGAUUUGUGUGCGAAGUUGACUUUUUGUCACGACGUGAUCCGUUCAUCAGGAUGGGUUAUAAUAUGUUUGGUCAAAGUUUAUUCCAAAACUACCGCACCAAAGAGAGCUCUUCAGUAAAAAAAUACCGUGAAUGCCUAAAAUUAUUCGAAAGCUGCAAAACCCCUGAUGAAGAAGAAGCCAACAAAGUCAGCUACGUCGAGACAUCGCCAAAGAAAAAUUCAACAACCCCCUUGAAGAGAAGAAAAUCAUUCAGACGCGUUUAA